CUAUAUAAGAGAGAGGAAAAACUGCUUGCAGCUUCUCUCCAAGAAGGACUGAGGUUGGCUUCUGCCUGCUCUCCAGCCUCCUGCUCUGUGCGUCUGUCCCGGACGAAGGGGGCGGUGGGGUGGCGUCACGUCAUAUCAGCCGCCGCGCUCCGAUUGGCUGCCGAUUCUCACCCGACACAGCUGUGAUUGUUUUCUGCAGAGGAAGCUGUUGUCCCUGCUAUGAGCUCUGUGCGCUGGAAUGGAGUAGUACUGUGUGUGUGGUGUUGUGUUUUUUCCCCCCUUCCUCUGCGUGUUUGAUGAUGUGAACAAACAACGCGAUUUGAAAGCCCUCGUUUGUGAAGAGCAGCGAAACAAAGCAGAGGGAUCCUGGUUUGAAUCGUUUUCUUCCUGGAGAGGAGAGACACCUAAGACGCGUGGAGAUCAAGCUGCAAAAAGUGCCAAAUGUCCAGGCUGGAGGACCACUGCUGGAGCUGCUCCUGUUCACCCAAGGCUGAAACUAAGCACUCAUCAUCUGGGGCGAACUGGUUGGCAUCCAAAGCUGAAGAAAUGAUGUCCAUCAUCACCUCGGUGCUCAGCAAUGCCUACCUGUCCCUGCACGACGUCCGCACCGCCAACCUCAUCCGCCGGGGUCUGGUCCUCUUCACGGUCGGGGCUUUCCUCGCCCUGGUGCUCAACUUGCUGCAGAUACAAAGAAAUGUCACACUGUUUCCCGAGGAGGUGAUGACAACUUUGUUUUCCUCCGCCUGGUGGAUCCCGCCUUGCUGCGGCACAGGAGCUGCUGUCGUGGGUCUGCUGUAUCCCUGCCUCGACAGCCAUUUGGGAGAGCCACACAAGUUCAAGAGGGAGUGGGCCAGCGUCAUGAGGUGCAUCGCCGUGUUUGUCGGCAUCAACCACGCCAGUGUUAAACUAGAUUUCGACAACAACGUGCAGCUCUCUCUAACGCUGGCUGCCCUGUCCUUGGGCCUCUGGUGGACCUUCGACCGGUCCAGGAGCGGCUUCGGCCUGGGCAUCACCACCGCCUUCCUAGCUACUCUGAUCACACAGCUGCUGGUCUACAAUGGAGUUUACCAAUACACGUCUCCAGACUUCUUGUACGUUCGCUCCUGGCUUCCGUGUAUAUUCUUCUCAGGCGGUGUGACUGUGGGCAACAUAGGACGGCAACUUGCAAUGGGUGGCGUUGAGAAGCCCCACAUGGACUGAACCACACCACAGCAGAGAGAGAGAGACAACUAGGGCGAAGGGCAGCCAUAAUAAAAAUGGAUUAGUUAUGUGAAGAAUGAGAGGAACAACAGGAGAAAAAGGACUCAUUGUUUUGACUUCAUCCUUUGUUCUCAUAACAAAGUGCAGGUCAGAAAAGUCCCUCAUCUAACGUGCCAUGUCCUCUGCACCUCCUUGUGGCCAAACAGCCUCUCCUCUCUGUGUUCUUACUCCCAUUAGCAUUAAGGCUUCCUUCACACCAGACGGGAGGACAGUGUUCGCCUUUUUUUGUGUGUUUGAAGUGAGCAGUCGACGGAUUUUUAUUUUAAGGAGAGGACGCGUGUGCUUUAGUAUUUUGGUCAUAACAUAAAAGACAUGAUGGGGGUGCUAUAAUGUCUGUUUUUUUAUUAAUUAGUCUGAAUAUAUUAUGAUCUAAAAGGGAAAUGUUGUUUGAGUGGGCAACGAUAUGUCUUCACUCUCACAGAAAUGUAUUCAGUGGCCUCAGUAGCAUCACUGAGAUGUAUGUUCCCAAUCAAACCAAACUGAGUAUUUAUUUUGUAAGUUUUCAGUGGCCCCAAACCAAAAGUAUGUGUGAUAUCAAAUGACGCUUCACAUUUUGAAAGGAAAAGAGUGAUAUUUUGGGGAAAUGUUUGCGUUUUAUUCGACAGUUACAUGAGAAUAAUGGGGGGCUUCUACAUUUAACGCACAGAAACACGAGUGGUAUUGAGUUUCUCAUCAAAUAAUUUCCCAAAAUGUUUUUUUUUUUUAACAGAUGACAGUCGAAUGAGUGAAGAGAAAAUAUGUCAGAAGUGCCAAUUAGUUUACUACCGACUCCUAUUCACUGGUGUGUAUGAGGAUUUGUGAGACAUUCUUUAAGAGUUGGAAUAUUUGGAGCACAAAAUGCAACCUACUUAGGUUUUUCAAUGGAGAUAUUUACCAGUUAAUGGUGUUAUAUUCACAAUCACAGCUAUCUGUCAGUACAAGAUCACUUUUUAAAUUUAGUUUUUGAGAAAUUACCCUUUCAAUAUGUUUUUGUCGGCCCCUAAUAAGCCCCGGACAAACAGAGAGGAUUUUUUAAAGAAGGAAAGAAUGUGAACAUGAAAGCAUUAGUCUGGACUGAAAAAAAAUGUCAGAAAUGUGAACAUGUGCAGAGUGAAACAAACCACCAGCGUGGACCAUGUUGUGAAAGAAUGUACUAGAAGUAUCCCACAACUUUGCCGUGAUGGUAGUAAAACGCUUUCUAGUGAACUUUCUAGUGAAUUUUUCACUUUCGUCUUGUAGAGUGAACCUAUGCUUCCCAUCGAGACAAACGCUUUACUGCGUGAUGCGACACUUUUUCCCCCUUCGAAUUGUAUCUUCAAACUGACAGUUUGGGAACAUACAGCGAUUAAAUGAGAGGGCAGGACAUUAUUACUUAAGAUUUGCAAUCUGUGAUUGCCUGUGUAUUAUAGAAUGUAGUGCUUUUGUCACUAUAACAGUUUAGUUUUAUCAUUUGUAUAAACAUAAUGACAUUACUGCUUGUAUGUAUAAUGGCUUGCCUAUGUAAUCAGACAGGUAUUAUUACCAUACUAGACCUAGUUAGUGUUUGGGGGUCUAAAGGAUUAAGUGCAAUCAGACUAUUCAUGAGCCGAUUAUCCUUCCUUAUUUAUUAUUUCUGACAAAGGCUAAAAAACAUUAAAACUUGUAAGUAUAUGCAGUGUGGAUCAUUCAGAAAAAGCAAUAACAUCUUUUGGUUUUUUGUGACUUUUGUCAGAGAUUUACAUGCCUUUAGAGUCAAUACCAAUGACUCUCACCAGAGAGACAGCGUUAAAAAAAUAUACAUAUAUUGUGUCAAACUGUUGUAAAAAAUCUCAUUUAGUAGCAUUAUUGAAGGAUACCUGAUUUAUUUUUUUAAAUACUUUGUGUGGCACAUCACUUCAGGUUGGGUCUGCUGACAUUCAGGUGUGCUAAACUGAAGAGGAAGCUUUAUUUUUUGAGGUGGUGAAGCACCUUUUUUUGUUUCGAUGUUUUAGAGUUUCUGCGUAUGUCUCAUUUCAGCUGUGUAUCGUUUUUGCUACCUUGGAUUUAAGUGAAAAAUAAAAACACCUGACGAGGA